AAUGCUGCAUAAAAUUAUUAUUGGCGGAAAAUUGAAAACACUGAAAACACGAAGAAAGCGAAGAAAGAAGAAUCAGGAUUUAUAUUAAAAAAAUGUCGGUUUCAGACUUGAUCAACAAUGAGCUUUUUACGUCAGAAAAUGAUUUAUACGAUGCAGAAUUUGAGAGCGAUGGAGAUUCGAAACCUGAAAACAUUAGAGACGAAGGAAGUUUAGUGGAUGAUCAUGAAAAUAGCAGUAGUAAUGAAGACGUCGAGGAAAGUAUAUCUGCUAUCAAACAGAGAGCUAAAACAAAAACUAAGACAAUAUUACGUACAAGUGUUAACAAAGAUGUGAGAAAACACAAGAUGAAGAAAAAUGACAUCACAACACUCUAUAGUGAAAGUGCAAAAUUGCUUAGAGAAUCACGUGUUAAACUACCAUAUCAUCAACCUGAGUAUAAAGACAUUUUCAGGCUCCUUAAUAAGGUUGACAUGAGUGAUGGUACUGGGAAUAAAUCUGCUUUAACUGCUCGAUGUAAUUACAAUGUGAGGAAAGUUAUGGAUGCUGCGAAGAAACUACAAGGGAAAAGGCAGGAAAGCAUUGCUGUCAUUGCACCGAUGAAAAAUAUCAAAUCAAAUGCUCAACCAAGGUUGUCAAUGGAUAAGGAUGUCAUUUUCUUUGAUGAUUCAACAAAUUUCAAAGCUGGUGGGAUGGAUCAUUUAAUGGAAAGAUUUAUUAAACAUAAUAAAAACAAGACUAAAGCUGCUAAAAUCUUCAAAGUUCACAAUGCUGAGCUGGAAUUGGUUGGUCAUAGAUCUGCAGUAGAGAAAUCAUCUAAUGAUGAGAAAAGGAACGAAGUUCCACAUGUAAUAAUGGAAUCAGGUGAUAAAUUGCAUAGUUUAAAAGGAAGACUUCUUGAAAGAAUGAAACUCCAAAGAGCCGAAGUUCGAAAGGUCCAUGAAACACAAAAGAAACUGGACAAUGAAGAGGUCAGUGAUGAUGAAGAAGAAGAAGAAGACUUUGAUGACUAUGAUGGUGAUGAUGGUGAUGAUGAUGAUGAUGGUGAUGGUGAUAGUGAUGGUGAUGAUGAUGGUGAUGAUGAUGGUGAUGGUGAUGGUGAUGGUGAUGAUGAUGGUGAUGGAGAUGGUGAUGAUGAAGAAAGUGAUCCUGAGAUGGAACAAUGGAAUGACGAUGAUGACAGAAUCCAAGAAGAGAAUGGGGCCGACAAUAAUGAAAAAUCAAAUGGCAUCGUUUCUAAAAGAAAUAGCGAUGACGAAGCCUUUAAUAAAGUUAGCUUUUCCACAUCAAAAAUUCCUCCUGACGAUCAAACAAUGGAUCUGUUUCCAUCUGACAACUCAAACCAGAUGAUAAAUCGAAAUUUUGAUGAAGAAAGUCAAUUGAAUGAUGGUGAUAGUGUUUGCUCUGAGGAGAGCAUCAAACUAAGACUAGAGACUGCUGAUGAUACACAAGAUGGGAACAUCGAAGAUCAAUCCUUAAGUUACACGAAAAUAAAUAUGCCUUCAAUGGAGAGGUCAAAUAUGAUCAACGAGGCAAAAACUGACGAUAAUGAUGUACUUACUCCAUUUUCAAGAAUACAAAGAUUACUGAGCAUGGAAUCAUCGUUCAGUAAUGAAAAAUCGCAAUUCAACAAACCCAUCUCUGAGCUUUCAUUACCUAUUGAAGAUUCACAGGAUCUUUACGAUAAAGAGGACGAUAUUAAACCAAAUACCUUUAGAGAUUUAAAUUUUACAUUGGACGAAGAUACGCAGUUUACUCAGUUUGUUGAUAGUCAAGGGUACUUGUUAAGUUCAACUAAAAAGAAAAAGAAAAAAGAUUUAAUAACAUAUGGCAAAAAACCCUCCAACAAUAUGAUUGAGUUACUUGGACUGUGUAAGGGAGCUUCAGAAGAAAACGGAUGUAAAAAGAAUGGAAAGAAUGAUCCAAACGAGGCUCAUAGUUCCUCUAACGGCGAAUCUCAAUAUAGCAUGCACGAACUUCUCGGCUUGUGUUCUGGUAAAUUUACCAACGAAAGCAAUGAAAAUGGGAUAGAAUCAGAAAUGGAUUGUCAACAUGUUAACGAACUUUCGCGUUUAUCUUCGGGGUCUUUUCUUGAUACCUCCGAAAGAAAACAUUCAUUAUCGCUCGAUGAUGAACGGUCAAAGGGUUGUGAAGGGAAGGAAAAAUUGUUAGUGGAUGAUUCUGAACAGUUUGAAAGAACGAAAGAUAUUUAUACUUUUUCAAGAUCAUCGAACUCUGGUGAUCUUUUUGAAUCGAAUGUUAGUGUUCAAAGAGACUCUACUCUAAUAGAAAAACGAGAGAUUAUUGAUCCAGUCCGCGAAUGUUCUGGACAAGACAAUAAGGAAUCCGUGGGGAAUCUAAGGAAUGGUGGUACUAUUGCACUGAAUGAUGGGAGCAAGAAGGGAAGACGAGGAUUAUUUGAGUUGUUUAAUAAGGUCGACGAUUCCAUGGAAACGGACGAUGUUCUUGCUCUUUGCUCGGGACAAUUUCCUAAAACGCAAAGUAUUGAAGAGACCGAAGAAGCAAAGGAUGAUUAUAAUGUUGAAGACGACCAUAUAGAUAGUGAUUCCCAAGGCACUUGCUCAGAGAAAGAUGUGUUUAGUAGUGAGGAAGAUGGUGAAAGUAACGAAACUGUAGAAAUUAGAAAAUCCGGAAAGGGUCGCAAGAAAGUGCAUUCAAUUUUUAACAAAGAUAAUUUCGUCGAGGAAGAAGCAGAACUUUCCGGAAGUGAAGUAAGUUCUGAUGAAGAUGAGGGAUCUGAAGAUGAUCAACUUGAAGAAGAUUCGGAUGUCGAAGAUCUUCCGUCCGAUGAAGAACUACAAAGACAAGUUAAUAAAGUUCACAUGAAAACCAUGAUUGACGACGACAAACGCGAGAUUCGCGAACUGCAAGAACUUUAUCUUGAAGAUGGUGAUCUCUACUCAGAGAACGGAGGACGAGCGAGGAACUUUAGGUGGCGGGGACUUGACGAUUCACAACGGGAUAUUUUUGAUAAUAAACUUCUCUGGGGAGAUGAAGAAAUUGUUGACAACGAGAUUUUAUCGCAAGCUGAACUAGAGCGAAGAAAAAUGAAACACGAACGAGAAUUGUUCCUGCAAGAGCAAUUGAAAAGAGAGGGUGAUUCACAAACGUCCAAUGUUGAUGAAAAUAGUCAAACAAUUUUGAAUCUUAUCAAGGACACAAGUCAAGUUGUUGAAGAAAAAAAACCAGUUGAACCUACAGUUAUACCUGUGAAAUGCCAGGAUUCAACAUCUAAGAAAUCAUCUCAGAAGCGUGGUUCGUUCUUGAAUCGUGACAAAAAACAAAUGUCUCGUUUGUCGAACAUUACGGGCUUGAAAAAAACGCCAAAUUCGACCUUUGGCUUUGUAUUUCAUACAGUAUCUCCAAGCAACAAAGCCAAAGAUGGCAACAAGAUAGAGCAGAAACUUCAUCGGUCUUCACACAUGUCUGAGCCACCAAAUGCCAAGCGGCCUCGGCUGGACAGAGCUUUAAGUAGCCAUUUAGUUACAGGAAGCCUGUUUGCAGCAAUGCCUGUGUGAAACUACAAGUGUGCACGAUAAUGUUUCCUGUGUUGAUGAUGCUUUUGUCCAUUUAAUGAUGUCAAUAUCUGCUCAGCAUGGAUUGAACAUCAAAACAUCAAACCAGCUUGUUGAAUUGCUAAUGAUAUUUAUAUAUCAAUUUUAUCUUUGAGAUGUUCCUUGAUUAGAUUUUUCAUUUUUAGUAAA